UAUAGGAUAUUAGAGUUGGACCUUGGGAUUCUUCUUUGCCGAUAAAGGUCCUGGUUCUUGAGAAGCACCAAAACAACGGAAUGAUACCUCUCCAAAGAGCGUCGAUUUUUUGCUCGGAUCCGACCACUGCCAUAAUUAAGGUCGAAAGGCCUCGUCAUCCUCCUAAAAAUCAAAUCCCAAUAAGAACAAAUACAGCUAUUAAAUUUUUGAGUCGUGGCAUCGGCAUAGAGACUGACCGAGAAAGCAAGCUCUCCAUCUCGUUGAAAUGUACGAGCAGUUCCGGCAACACAGAAUUUACACCGGCCUCCCCUCCUGAUGUCAUCAUUGUGGGUGCAGGUGUGGCUGGUUCCGCUCUGGCUCAUACCCUUGGCAAGGGUGGAAGACAUGUUCAUGUUCUUGAGAGAGACUUGACAGAGCCAGACAGACUCGUGGGUGAACUUCUCCAGCCAGGGGGUUACUUGAAGCUAAUUGAAUUGGGGUUAGAAGAUUGUGUGGAGCAGAUUGAUGCUCAAAGAGUGCUAGGGUAUGCUCUUUUCAAGGACGGAAAAAAAACUAUGCUAUCUUAUCCCUUGGAAAAGUUUCACGCUGAUGUGGCUGGGAGGAGCUUUCACAAUGGCCGUUUUAUACGGAAGAUGAGAGAAAAAGCUGCUGAACUUCCCAAUGUACGAAUGGAACAAGGCAAUGUAACAUCCCUGCUUGAGGAAAAUGGAACUGUUAAAGGAGUCCUGUACAAAACCAAGGGUGGACAAGAGCAUAAAGCUUAUGCUCCCUUGACAAUUGUGUGUGAUGGCUGUUUCUCAAAGUUGCGUCGGUCUCUUUGCCAGCCUGAGAUAGAAGUGCCCUCUUGUUUUGUGGGUUUAAUCCUGGAAAAUUGUCUACUUCCAUUUGCAAAUCACGGGCAUGUUAUUUUAGCAGAUCCCUCCCCGAUCUUACUUUAUCCAAUCAGCAGCACUGAGGUUCGUUGCUUGGUUGAUUUACCUGGCCAAAAGCUUCCUUCCAUCAGAAAUGGUGAAAUGGCCAAUUAUUUGAAGAAUACAGUGGCUCCACAGAUUCCACCAGAGCUUCAUGAUGCUUUCAUAUCCGCGGUCAAUGGGGGAAAUAUUAGAACCAUGCCUAACAAAAUCAUGCCAGCUCAUCCUCUCCCUACUCCUGGAGCUCUUUUAAUGGGUGAUGCUUUCAACAUGCGGCAUCCCUUGACUGGUGGAGGAGUGACAGUGGCACUGUCUGAUAUCGUUGUGCUCCGCGACCUUCUCAGGCCAUUACAUAACUUAAACAAUGCAGCUUUUCUGUGCAAAUAUCUUGAAUCCUUUUACAUCUCACGCAAGCCAGUGGCAUCCACUGUAAAUACAUUGGCAGGUGCCCUAUACAAGGUGUUUUCUGCUUCACCUGAUAAAGCAAGAAAACAACUACGCCAAGCCACUUUUGAUUACUUGAGCCUUGGAGGCAUCUUUUCGAAUGGACCAAUGGCUUUACUCUCUGGUCUAAACCCUCGUCCACUUAGUUUAGUUCUCCAUUUCUUCGCGGUCGCAAUCUAUGGAGUUGGCCGUUUGCUCUUCCCAUUUCCUUCUUUUGAACGCAUCCGGAUGGCAGCCAGAUUAAUUUGGUGUGCAUCAGGCAUAAUAUUCCCCAUCAUCAAGGCUGAAGGUGUGAGGCAAAUGUUUUUUGCUGCAACUUUGCCAGCUUAUUACAGAGCUCCUCUUGAUAGGUGAUGCAUUAUCUAAUGGCUUUGAUGUGUUUGGGAAUUAGGAUUCCCGUUGACCCAGCUGUCUUUUGUAAGUAAGCUUAAAGAUAUACGCCUAACAAUACCUAUACAAAGCAUUUACUUGCUUGUUUGUAUAUAUGAUAGACAUGCACAAGCACUUUAUUCAAUUGUAUGCAUUGAUGCAUAUUUGCAUCUUUAACCA